AUUUAACUUAGUAUACUUGCUAAUUUUUAGACAUUGAAAAACAAAUAUAAUACAAUGAAUGACGCAAAGAGCAUUGCAAGGCAGUCCCUCAAGGAACUCAACGAGCAACACCACGAUGACAUUCUGAGCAUCGUGCAGCAUUAUGGAAAGUGUCCCAAUGCUGAACAAGCGCGCAUCACUAACGUGGACGACAACUCGGCGACGUUUGAAUGGCAAUGGACAGACCCCAGCAACGGCGCUGUGCAUGUCAAAACCCGGCGUAUGUCCAUAUCCAGCUCCGAGUCAUUAAAUGAGAUACUCACAACAGCCGCCUUGUCUCGCAAAUUCACUCAACAGGCAGCAAAUGGGAUCGACAACAUUACUCUACCACCAUUGCCACCAUCCCAAUUUCCGCUACCGCAAAGCCGCACCAUCACAUUCACACUCCCACCUCCCAUCAUCUGUGUUGCUACUUUGGGAGGAUUGGCAAUGCUCACAUAUUUUGCUCGCACGAAAUCGGAAAUCACAUUGGUGCAAAUGGUAUUUUGGGUAGUCCCGCAAUGGGUUUUCCGAUUUGGUUUCAAGGCCUUGGUUGCCAUCCAUGUGUUUGAAGCAGUCGCAAUGCUGUUGGCCUCAACGACGCUGUUGUAUGUCGUGAGCACCUUGGUAUUCGGAUUUUUUGCAGGCAUCACGCUCGCCAGACAAAUUAGACAACCAAACAAGGCGUAAAUUAACAAUAUCACUUUAAAACGGUCUAUUAGCUUACAUGUUUUUUUGCUCGCAAACCUACUCGUCAGCUUACUACUCUGGUGACAAGGGAACAAGUAAAAAACAUUUCACUUCAUUUGGGUUUUGUGGCAAUAUGGCAUCUGCUCCUUUUUCAUAUUGUCAUUCGCCUUUGCUCCCGCUCCCACUCUCACUUUGUUAUAAAUUGUGAAUUGUGAAUUGUGAAAAUUGGGCCGCUAUGCAAUCCAACCCCCAAUCCAAAGUGAGCGCCCAUCCUUGCCAAUCUUCCUUUGUUACUUUUUCACUCCCAUUCCCCAACAUUUACAAUGAGCGGUGUGAUCAAAUGUUACCAUCUGUGAGUAUCUAGAAAAAGCGAGAGCGAGAAAAAU